UAAAAUAAUAUAACUAAAAAAUUAGAAUAUUAGAAAUACGAUGAUCACUCCUAGAAAAGGAUGAAUUGCAUUCUAUUUUCAGUGAAUGGGUGGGGAAUGACCGUGAAUUCGGAAUGGCGUGAUUUGGGGGUGUGGUUUGCUCUCGCCUGAGCAUUUUUUUACGAAUAAAAACACGUGUAUGAUAGUGUGUUUGUGUGAUGUCUAUUUACUUGUCACCUAUUUUUGGUUUAUGCGCACCAUCCAAAUGCUACGCAAGCGCUACUCGCAAGAUUCAGAUAACACAUAAAAAAGAUUAUUGUUGCGUACAUGCGACAGUGUUUUGAUAAAUUCAAGCGGUGAAUUCUGGGCAAAUUACAUUUAGUUCUGUGAUUAAAUAAAACAGUAUUGAACAUUAAAACAGUGUGAAAGUGAAUUACCGUUAAUAGAAAUUCGAUAGAAUUUGAUUAUUACUUUUAUUUGGUUCUGGAAGAUAAAAUUUCAACAGAUGUCAACUUUUGCGAAAAAUAUAUCAAGUUGUCGAAGAUGCGUUACGACACCUAGGAGCUAAACAGGAACAGAGUAAAUUAUCAUUACCUGGUGUAUUAAGUGGCUUGAAUAUAAAUAUUGCAAAUAAGGAGAAUCAACAGAAAGAGAACAUUCCAAGAUGGAAGAUUAACAAACAACUUGUUUCAAACGAAUCUGUAUCGCUAAGAACAAGUCAUGUUCUUACAUCGUUAGCAGUAGCUGAAACUGAUGCAAGUAAAAUACGACGAAUCGAAGAUCUCAUAUCACAUCUUGAACAGUAUCCUGAGGCAAAGCAUAAUGCAGUUAAGGAAGGAGCUAUUCGUACAUUACUACGUAUUCGCCAGUCAGCAGAAAAUUAUGACCUGCAGAGUGCUCUCAAUGUAGCAUUUGCUUUAUUGGGGUAUACCGAUCCAGUUCCCGGAAUAGGCAUAAGAGUUCUAUCUAUAGAUGGAGGAGGCGUGAGAGGCAUUCUAGUUAUAGAGAUGCUUAGAAAAUUGGAAGAACUUUCGGGAAAACCAAUUUAUGAAAUGUUUGAUUUCAUUUGUGGAGUUAGUACAGGUGCUAUCAUUGCAGCACUUUUAGUGUUAAAACAGAAAUCCUUGAAUGAAAUCGCCGAAAUUUAUAAAACUAUAAGCACCGAAAUUUUUACCCAAUCUACCCUGAAAGGAACAAGCAACUUGGUGUGGAGCCAUUCCUACUAUGAUACCGCAUUAUGGGAGAAACUACUGAAAAACCAGUGGGACAAUAAGUUAUUGAUUGAAACUCGUAGGAAUUUAAAAGUACCAAAUUUUUGUGCUGUGUCAGCAGUGGUGAAUCAGUCUCGAUUGUCAGCAUAUAUUUUUAGAAAUUACUCCUUACCAUGCAAAGUUCAGUCUCAGUAUAUGGGUGGCUACAACCAUCAAGUAUGGGAAACUGUAAGAGCAUCUGCAGCUGCUCCCACAUACUUUGAAGAGUUCAAAAUAGGCAACAUGCUUCAUCAGGAUGGUGGUAUCCUAGUAAACAAUCCAACAGCUGUGGCCAUACAUGAGGCAAAACUGCUUUGGCCCAAUACUCCAAUUCAAUGUGUUGUAUCAUUUGGUACUGGCAGAACUGUUCCCAAUCCAAUGGACACCACUGCAGAAUCGCUGACCACACCAAUAAGCAACUCAUCUUGGAAGAAAAAAUUCUUUGCUAUUUUGGAUAGUGCUACAGAUACUGAAGGAGUUCACACAAUGCUAUCGGAUUUGUUACCUGGGAAUGUUUAUUAUCGUUUCAAUCCAUAUUUGACAGAAAUGUUAGACAUAGCAGAAAUUGAUCCAAAUAAAUUGGAGCAACUGAAAAGAGAUGCUUUGAUGUACCUGAGAAGAAAUGAUGAUAAGUUCCAAGAUGCUGUCAAAGCUUUGAGUAAGAAGAAGAACCUAACCCAAAAAUUACUGGAUUGGAUGAAUUUGCGUAAAGAAAUUCAUGGACUCAACCGGUGGUGAAACAUAAUAUGUGAAUUUCCUACAAUAUAUUUAUGUUCCAAACUAUUUAUUUCCGGUGAUUGUUUUGAAUUUAACUGUGAUUAGCUUAGUUUUAAUUGUUUACAUCAAGUAUUCAUUAUACUUUUUAUAUGUAUUGAAUAAAAAUACAAAUUUGCAACCACUUA